AUGGUAACCUUAAUACUUAGCUUUUUUUCCAUCCUAGUAAUAAUAGAAUUUCUUCUAGGAAAUUUUGCUAAUGGCUUCAUAGCACUGGUGAACUGCAUUGACUGGAUCAAGAGACAAAAGUUCUCCCCAGUUGAUCAAAUUCUUACUGCUCUGGUUAUCUCCAGAAUUGGUUUGCUCUGGGUAAUACUAAUAAAUUGGUAUGCAACUUUGUUGGAUCCAGCUUUAUAUGGCUUAGAAGUAGAAAUUAUUAUGCAAAUUGCCUGGACAGUAAGCAACCAUUUUAGCACCUGGCUUGCUACUAGCCUCAGCAUCUUUUAUUUGUUCAAAAUAGCCAAUUUCUCUAGCCUUAUUUUUCUUUGCCUGAAGCAGAGAGUUAAAAGCAUAGUUCUUGUGAUUCUGUUGGGGUCUUUGUUCUUUUUGGUUUGUCAUGUUGCGGUGAUUAACAUAUAUGAUGAAGAGUGGACUAAGGUAUAUGAAGGAAACAUCACUGGGAAGACCAAAUGGACGGGCGCAGCAAACCUCUCCAAAAUGACUGUAUUCACACUAGCAAACUUUGUACCGUUUUUGCUAUCACUGAUAUCUUUUGUGCUGUUAAUCUUUUCCCUCUGGAAACAUCUCAAGAGGAUGCAGCCCUGUGGUAAGGGAUCCCAAGAUCCCAGCACCAAGGUCCACAUAAGAGCCAUGCAGACCGUGAUCUCCUUUCUCUUGCUAUUUGCCGGUUACUUCCUCACUCUGAUGAUGACAGCUUGGAGAUUUACUUGGCUGCAGAACAAGUUUGGCCUCUUCCUUUGUGAGGCUAUUGGAAUCACAUAUCCUUCAAUCCACUCGUUGAUACUGAUUUGGGGAAGCAAGAAGCUAAGGCAGGCCUUUUUGUCAUUUCUGUGGCAGCUGAAGUGCUGGCUGAAGAAAGGAAGUAAGAAGAGCAUCGUGUGUCUUCUAGGAGAAAACAAGUUGAUGGAAUCCAUAACGUUUUAUACUGCCUUACCUUUUUCUAAUGAGUAUAUAAUUGAGAAAUUUCCAAAGGUUUACCUAGAAAGCCUUUUACUUAAACCUGUCACAAAACUAUAUGCAUGUGUGUUUGUGAAAAAUGUAAGAUUAUGA